UAGUGAGUCCUUCAUUCCCCGACUGCUGUUUUCUUCAUUUUACCAUCCUUUUCCAGCUCCAUGAUGAUCCUGCAGGUCCCUGAGGCCCCCUGGACAGCAGCCCUGACAAUGUCACUGAUGAUGCUGAGCAGCCCCGUGGUCCAGGGCAGGGCCACUCCAGAGAAUUACGUCUUCCAGGGACGGCAGGACUGCUACGCCUUUAACGGGACGCAGCGCUACGUGGAGAGAUACGUCUAUAACCGGGAGGAGCUCGUGCGCUUCGACAGCGACGUGGGGGAGUUCCGCGCGGUGACCGAGCUGGGGCGGCCGGAAGCCCAGCACUGGAACGGGCAGAAGGACAUCCUGGAGCAGAAGCGGGCCGUGGUGGACACGUUGUGCAGACACAACUACGAGCUGGACGAGGCCGUCACCCUGCAGCGCCGAGUCCCACCUAGGGUGAACAUCUCCCCCUCCAGGAAGGGGCCCCUGCAGCACCACAACCUGCUUGUCUGCCACGUGACAGAUUUCUAUCCAGGCAACAUUCGAGUCCGAUGGUUCUUGAAUGAACAGGAGGAAACAGUUGGGGUUGUGUCCACCGAACUGAUCCGUAACGGAGACUGGACCUUCCAGAUCCUGGUGAUGCUGGAAAUGACCCCCCAGCAGGGAGAUGUCUACACCUGCCAAGUGGAGCACCCAAGCCUGGACAGUCCUGUCACUGUGGAGUGGAAGGCACAGUCUGAUUCUGCCCGGAGCAAGACGCUGACUGGAGUCGGGGGCUUUGUACUGGGGCUUAUCUUCCUUGUAGUGGGCAUCUUCAUGCAUAUGAGGAGCAAGAAAGUUCAACGAGGAUCUCAAUGAACAGGGUUCCUGAUCUAACCUAAAGGACUAUGCGUGCCUUGGAACAAGUAUUUUUCUGUGUUUCUUUCGUCCCAGAGGCUGGUUCUGGGACAGACUGCCAGCUUCCCAAGAGAAUGUCACUGCAAGUAAUUGCUCGGAAACCACUUUUGGCUCUUUGAUUCAAUGCACAGUUUCUCUUAUGAGGCCUCCAACCAAGUUCUCUUCUCCUCAGCUCUAUAAAUAAUCAAAAUCCAAUGUUACUGUCUGUUUUCUUUUAAGAAUAUGCACCAAGUCAUACCUGCCAUUGCUUUUGUUUGAGGGUUUUGGGAAAGAGUAGGAGUUAAUGAAGAAGUUCAUUGUGGUUUAUACAUAUGCAAGAAGAAAAACAGGAAAAUGGGGAUAUCCUAACUAAUGGAAAGGGUGGCAACUGGAUAUGGACCUCCUCCAAAUUUGCUAUAUUUCACUGGACUGCCCCAUGUUCGUGUUUACUACCU